UGCCGAGCGUAGACGAUCUUUGUUUCAAACAUGGCGGCCAGCAUGUGAAUGUCAUGCCAUGUCAAUCCACUGCCUCAAUGUCUUCAUGUGUGUUUAUAGUCUGUGCGUGAAGGCUGACAUGUGAACUACAUGUUGCGGGAUUGUGUCUUCAUUCACCGCAGACACGUAAGAACCGGGAGCAACACAACUCUGUAGCUGCACUGCUGUCACAUUAGCAUUCUAGCUAACCAGCUAACCGGACGGAACAGCGAUGGAAGCGGACCAACAGAUCAGAAACCUGCGGGAUUUCCUGCUCGUCUACAACCGGAUGACUGAAACCUGCUUCCAGCGCUGCAGCAGCAACUUCAACUACAGGAACCUCACGAUGGACGAGGAGCGUUGCCUGGACAGCUGUGCGGGGAAGCUGAUUCGCUCUAACCACCGCAUGAUGGGCGCCUACGUGCAGCUGAUGCCUCGGAUGAUGCAGCGCCGGAUGGACGAGAUGGAGAGCAAGGCUGCGGAGAACGCCAUAGCCGCAGAGGCAGCUGCGGCUGCAUCUCUGGAGCUUCCUGCUGCAGACGCCUCAUCAGCAUCUCAAAUCCCUGUCGACGUGUCUCUACCCCCACAAAUACCUGCACUGUUACCCUCUGUAGCGACUGAUGUUGGACUAGAGGCACAAGGCUCAGUCAUAAAGCCAUCAGGGUUAGAUAUUCCUUUUGAGCUGGAUGCUGCUUUUUCCAAACCCACUGCAGCCACAGAAGUCAGUUUCUCAGCAGCCACUCUGCUCACACCUGCAACUGAAGCCGUGAAUCUUCCAGUAUUUAAUGAAGCUGCCAGUGGACCAUCUUUUACAGAAGUCUUUCCACAGCUGCCCGUAGCCAGUGUCCAAACUGAGUCAGUGAGCUCAAUGCCUGUGUUAAUGCCAUCUACAACAUCCUCACUAUCAGUAGACAUGCCUGUGUCAACUGUCUCUGCACCUACUGUGUCGAGCCAAGAGAGAGCGCCAGAGGCUCCUCCUGCGUCAGGCCAGUAAUGAUGCCCAGUCUGGGUGGAGUCCCAACUCCCACCACAAACAACCUGAAUCUCCCAAGUUACUCAUCACUGAUCGUUCCAAAUGUGAUAUUAUUCUCUGUAUUGCUGAAAGGAAUAGUUGAUACGGAGAUUAACAUAAAUUCUAAAAUAAGUUGUAUGAUAAAAUCAUGUCAUAUAAUCUCUCCAUUUCUCUCCAAUGUGAGCAUUUGCUUUAUUUCUGUGUUUUCACAACAUAUUUUAACAAUGUGUUUUUUCACAAUUAGUUUUUACAAAACUAACUUGAAAACCUCAAUAUAGACUCUGGCAACUUGUGACAGGGGAAGUCCCAUGUAUUAUAAUACUAUUUUGUUUUAUAAGCAGCAAUUACAAGAAUGCAUUUGUUCUAACUGGAUAUGAGUGUGUCUGUGCAGUGGUAGUGACCGGUCUGCAGUCAUGGAUUGUGGAGUCCUGGUCGAAUAAGACUUGAGUCUGGACUUUCAAAAGCCUGGAUGGUGCAGUCUGAUGAUUCUUGACACAAUUGUUGAGUAGUUUGACAACAACAGCAAGAAUGAUGAUUAUCACUUAUAAUAAAAAAAUAGUUUUCAGUCAA